UCCAUUUCCUGUACAGCGGUUCCAACGCGAACGACCCGACCCAAGGAUAACCUUUGAACCAUUUUUUUUUCCGUGAUUUUUUGUUGUGUUUGAUCAUGAAACUCGCCGGAGUACCGUUGGCUGGGUCUUUGCUAAGCUGCUGCUUCUUCUUACUGGCAGCUGGCUCUUCUUCGGUGCCUGCUGCUUCUUCCCAAGUGCCCGCAUCCGCAUCCGUUUCCGCUCCAGCUCCCCUUCCCGCUCCCGCUGCAUCUUCUUCCAAGCCAAAAAGAGAUGCGGGUUUGAGUUUUGGCGGAAUAUCCAGUUAUCACGGACCCUCCCACAAGUACCUGCCGCCCGCCUAUGAGAACCACCUCAACUUUGGCAGCUACCAUGGGAGUCCCUUGGGCUCCGGCGGUUAUUCCGAUUACUCUAGUCACCUGAAGGGGGAGAGCAGUUACGGACAUCAUUACGGAAGUCACGCCGGAAGUCACGGUUACGCCAGCUCCAAUGGCCACGGAAGACCCCACCAUUAUAGCACCGGCGGAAGUCCCAAAAUCGAAACCUAUAUCGUUCAGACAAGCGGAUCUCCGAGUUCCGGCCACAACUAUCACGGUCAGAGUCAUGGAAUAGGUCACGGAAUCAGUCAUGGAAUCGGACACGGAAUCGGUCACGGAAUAAGUCAGGGGCACAACCAUGGAUCCGGAUCCGGACUGGGCUAUAAAUAUGCACCCUCCUCGGCUGGAGGCUACCUGAAUCUGCUGGGUAACAACCACAAGACCAGCACCUAUGUGGUGGCUACACCCGAAUAUUCCUCCGGCAGCAGUCACGGAGGAAGUAGUCACGGAAUUGGCUACGGAUCAGGCCCAGUUCACAGACCCAGCUACAGUGGCCACCUACCCAGUCACGGCUAUGGCGGCGGCUUUGGUCAUGCUAUUAGCCAUCAGAUCAGUCACGAAUCAGCCAGCCACGGACCCAGUCACAGUUUGGAUCACAGCCUGGAGCAUGCCUUGGAGCACGGACUGAGUCACGCUUUGGGACUGGGUCACUCGUCCGGAGGACAGUUUGCCCAGCACCCGUUGCCUCAGCUGGCGGAAGAGCACUCCGGCUACUCUUACGACGCUCCCGCCACGCCCUUUGGCAAGGGAGUGCCUCUGAGCAGCUAUGGCGUACCCCUCAUUCCCGGCUACGAUCACCAGGAGUCACUGCAGGAGCCGGUGCAAGUGCAGGUCCUUGAGCAGGAGCAGAAAGCCGAACGGGAGCAGGAGAGGGAGACGCCGGUUUAUGCCCUGGGCCACAAGGGAUUGGGCCACUUCACCUACACAGCCAGCAAGCCACAGGCUCUUCACACCGACGUCCUCAGCUCCGGCCACUCGGGCGCAUCAGGCCACGACCUCGAUCUCUCCAAGGCGCCCUUCAAGCCCAGCGCCUUCUUGGGGGCCAAGCACGAGUCCGGAUCCAAUUCCAUCACCGGCUAUGACUACGCCACGCCCAGCUCCCCGUUUCUACAGGCCCCUUCCUCGCCGGGCUACGACUACCCGGCUCCGGCGCAGCUCUACGGACCACCCGGUCACUCCGGAGACUCCGCCACGCCCAUCUUCGAGCCGGAGGCCACCUACUUGCCGCCCGCCAGCAGCUACGGCCCACCGGCCACAUCCGCCCACGGAUACCACUAA